CCUCGCUUGAAUAUCUUCUUGCUACCCCUUACAUUUUUCAAAACAUAUAUGUGUAAUUAUUAUUUUCUGUGCUCAUGUCGUGAGUAUAGCAGCUGCUAAACUUUACGGUUGAGUCCAGCCUGCGACAGAAGGUUCCGGGUCGACGUUUGCUGCUGCACGUUGACCGUAGAGGUUUGUUUUGUCUCCGUAUCACAAGCGCUUUCUGUAUCUUAUGGAGUCACUCAACUCUUUUGAGUCAGAGAUGGAGGCUGACGGUCAGGGCAGCUACUCCCUCUUUCCUGCUCUGGACAGCAUCGCCAGUCUCUCCAGGACCACUGAAGCUCUUGACAGUGAACCAUCCAGUGAAAUUGCAGAGAAGCCAAACCUCACAUGGCUCGAUGCUGCACAGAUUGUGCUGGAAGAAGCUGGACGCCCUAUGCACAUAAAAGAGAUUAAACAGAGAAUCAUUGACAGGGGUCUUGUUCAGUCCAAUGCCAAGUCGAGCCUGGAGGCUGUCAUGUACCGAGAGACUCAAAAAGGGAGCAGGAGAUUCAAGAGGAUUGAGAACAGAAAUGGAGUCUUUGCACUGCUGACAGAUGAGGAGCGUCACCAGGCCCUGCAGGCUUUCAACGCUCAGUCUCUCCUGGCCUCCUCCCCACAGAAUACCAUUUCUAAUUCAUGCUCGGGUACCUCGGCGCCUGCCUUUCCAUCCCCUACCGGUUCUUCAGAUCAUAAGCCCAAGAUGAAAAGGGCUCCACGAAAGAAACAGAAUGAAAAGUACCGGCUCAAGUAUAUCAGGCUGCGCAAAGCGGCUCGUGCCAUGAUAUUUGAGAAUGCAGCCCUCUGCGAUGAAGUUGCCCAUUUAGAAGAGAAGUUUCUGAGAGCAAAAGAGGAGCGACGGUUUUUACUAAAGUCACUGUUGCAGUACCAGUCACUGUCAGAGGGGGAGCUGUUGCCCACCCCCAGCUGCAGUUCUCAUCCAUCUGUUCCAGCUGUGCCAUUAGCCUCAGGCUCUGCAGGGGCUUCUGGUCUGUCUGCGGGACAUAACCUGGCUUCAGCCGUAUCAACUGUUGAAGAGGGUAUUUUGAAAAAGCCCAAGAAGGAAAGGAAAGAGCGAAUGAAGGAGAAUGGAAAAGAGGAAUUGCCAAAGAAGAUGUCUAAGAAAAGAAAGUUGCCAGAUGGAUCUCGCAAAUCAGUGCAGCCCAUCCCUCUGGACUCCUCGGGACGUCCAGUCUUUCCCAUUGUGUUGGGAGGAUUGACAGUAUACAGUCUUGGAGAGAUCAUCACAGACAGAAUGCUGUUCCACGAUGAGUGUGCCAUCUAUCCGGUGGGCUUCUGCAGCACACGUGUUUUUGCCAGCAUGAAAAACCCAGAUCAGCAGUGCUUGUACACCUGUCAGAUCAAGGACGGGGGUGGCGGUCCACAAUUUGAAAUUGUGCCUGAAGAAGAUCCUCAGAAUGCCAUCGUGGCCUCCUCUGCUCUGACAUGUCACUCAAAUUUACUAAAGGCUGUCGCUUCUGUCAGUUCCAAGCCUGUGGUGCCCAUCAUGCCAUCGGGAGCAGACUUCUUUGGCUUCUCUCACCCAACUAUCCAGAAUCUGAUCCAGAGUUGUCCUGGAGCACGUAAAUGUAGCAACUACCGUUGGAUACGUUUUGAGGUAUGCCGCCCUGGUGAUGGACAUAUCCCUCACAGCUUAUCGGAGGAUGAUGCCUCAGUCAAUUUCGAAGCCUACCAGAGACACCAGGGCUUUGAGGAGAGCACAAAGAUGGAGCACAUCACAGGACAGACGCCACAAUCUCCUGGUUCUACCCAUCAGCACCACCUAACUUCUCCCACCAUCAAACCCUCUACAAUGUACUACAGCUCCUGAGUUUCUAAACUGCUUCUCAAGUCAACACCAUGUGUAAUCUUUACAAACCUCCCUUAUUAACAAGUAUUCAAUGCAUCCAGUCCUG